CCCCAUUCCACAUGCGGAGAAAGGAGUACUCGAGCAGAGUGGAGUAGAACGAAACAGUGCGGGUGUGUCAUUGGGAUUUUUCUCUGGCGAAUGUAAGGAUUUAGGAUUUCUUCUGGAAGCCUGUCAACGUAUCCAUGCCUGUGUCUGUGCACCCACCCUGGUGUGAUGAUUUAAGGGACACGCUGGAGCUACUUGGCUCUGUCGGCGGGUACAGCUGAGUAAGCCGUGACAAAAAAUGAACAAACUGAACUUUCACAACAAUAAAACGAUGCAGGACCGCCGUUGUGUGUGUGUAUUUCUCCCCAAUGAUGACACACUGAACAUUGUUGUCAAUGUGAAGGUACUAUGUCAGGAACUGCUUAUACAGGUGUGCGAUCUUCUCCGCCUCAAAGACUGCCAUCUUUUUGGACUCAGUGUCAUCCAGAAUAAUGAACACAUUUACAUGGAGCUAGGCCAAAAAUUGUCUAAGUACUGUCCUAAGGAAUGGAAAAGAGAAUCCAGCAAGGUGAGUGAGGGCAUUGACCAAUUUGGACCUCCAAUGAUUGUUCACUUCAGGGUCCAGUAUUAUGUAGAAAAUGGCCGGUUAAUAAGUGACCGAACUGCUCGCUACUAUUACUACUGGCACCUAAGAAAACAAGUCCUACUGUCCCAAUGUGUCCAGCGUGAAGAAGCCUACUUUCUGCUGGCAGCUUUUGCUCUGCAGGCUGACCUAGGAAACUUCAAACGAAACAAACACUUUUGGAAGUACUUCGAACCAGAGGCCUACUUCCCCCCCUGGGUUAUUGCCAAAAGGGGACGAGAUUACAUUCUGCGCCAUAUCCCCAACAUGCACAAGGAUCAGUAUGCAAUGACGGCUUCAGAAGCGCACCUGAAGUACAUCAAGGAGUCUGCCCAGCUUGAUGAUGUGGCCGUGCAUUACUACCGUCUUUAUAAGGAUAAAAAAGAAGCAGAUGCAUCUUUGACGCUUGGCCUGACACUGCGUGGCAUCCAGAUCUUUCAGCAGAAUACCACUGAUGUGAGACAGCUGCUUUAUGACUUCCCUUGGACCAAUGUGGGAAAACUGGUGUUUGUGGGAAAGAAGUUUGAAAUCCUUCCAGAUGGACUGCCUUCGGCCCGUAAGCUCAUGUACUACACAGGCUGCCCACUUCGUUCUCGUCACCUUUUACAGCUCCUGAGCAAUAGUCAUCGUUUGUUUAUGAACUUACAGCCUGUCCUGAGACAAGUGCGCAAGCUGGAGCAGAGUGAAGAGAAGAAGCAGUAUCGUGAGUCGUAUAUUACAGAUGCUCUGGAACUGGACAUGGAGCACCUGGAGAAGCACUCCCGGGCGAGUGGCAGUAGCGCUGGCAGUGGCUCCCGCCAUAAGCGUCUUUCUCGUAAUUCCACGACCAGCCACAGCAGCUCUCACACUUCUGGCAUAGAAACAGAUAGCUUUCGCACGGCUAGCCAAGCCCCACAUCUCCCACUGCGCACCUGCUCCAGUUCCACAGCCAGCCAUGGUAGCUCUCACACUUCGGGUGUUGAGAGUGGAGACAAGGAGCGACUGGAUGAUGAUGAAGAGAUCGAGAUGUUGGUUGAUGACCCAAAGGAUUAUGAAGUACUCCAUGAACUUGCCCUGGAAGUUAGUCCUGAUUUGUGCAUUCAUAUCACUGAGGACAUGCUGACUUCUGACCAAGUCAAUGGCUACUCAGGUCUGAUUGUCAAGGAGGUCAGUUCUUCCACAUCCAGUUCCUCAGAGACUGUUGUGAAACUGCGUGGGCAGAGCAUUGAUUCUCUGCCACAGACAGUAUCCCGGAAGCCUCGAUCAUCAACAGACCGGCACAGCCAGAGUCUAGACGACAUUCGACUGUAUCAGAAAGAGUGUCUUCACUGGACUGAACUCUGCCAAGAAACUGCACAGAGCUACACAUUUGGAUGUGUCCAGGACCUUAGUGAUGUGGGCUACCACAGUCUGGCAGAGCAGUGUGUGGGCAUCAAGGAUGCCACUAACUUCCCAAUCAAGAGGACCAGCAAGUACUUCUCUCUGGAUCUGACAGACGAGGUCCCAGAGUUUGUUGUCUGAUCUGGUUGUGGAUACCAUGACGUUUUCCUAUCGGCAAACUGCUCUUCCAGGAGCUAUGAGGUCAGGAGGCUGGAUAGACUGCUUGACUUCUUGGAUACUGGACACUAGGAAUUCUGAGCUAGAGUGGAGAAAGACAAGAUUUCUUUUCAGUUAAGCUCUAAGUCUCUUUUGGACGAGACGUCUCCUAAAUGGCAGAAACGUGUGAACAGAUGCAGAAGGUUAAUGGAAAUUAAGCCAUUCAAAGUUUCAUCAGAGCAAGCCAUAUUCCCAAUAUGACCAAGCAUUGUGGGUAAUUUUCUACUGAGGUCACUUUUAGGUCAAUUAUUGGCAGUGCAGUUUCAAUUUCCAGGG